AAUGCUGUCGCCUUUUUCAUCCGACGGCAAGCAGGUCGCUUCAGCAUCUGAUGAUAAAACUAUCAAGUUGUGGAAUGUUGGUGCUUCCCUCUGCUCAGUCAGAAUGUGGGGGAGCUCCAUAGGUUCUCUCUCUAAGUUUCAUAAAGGUUCCCGGCAAAUCCAACCUCAGCCUCAGUUGAGAGUUUAAAAUUCUCAUCUAAUGGUCAUUUUCUCCAGACAGACCUAGGUAUUACUAAGGUUGAUAGUGACUCCAAAGGUGGCCUCUAUCUCGAAAAUGGCUGGAUAUGCUAUGGAUCAACACCGGUAUUUCGGAUCCUACCAGGCUGCUUACAGCCUUUUUGUGACCAUGUCCGAAGUGAUUAUAUUAUAGUCGG